AUGAUGCUCGAGCGUUUGCGUCUCGUGAGCAAAUUUCGGCAGGCAUACGGUAUUUGGAGGCCAAGAAAUGGCGGAUUACAAAAAUGCUGCCACGGCAGCGAACGCAGAGACAAGCAAGACACGAUGACACUGGCGCUGGGGCAGGUGGUAUGGAUCGCGGUGAAGCCGGUGAUCCGGAUAUACUUCAUCGUGGGGACAGGGUUUGUGCUGGCGCGGUUCAACAUCCUGUCGGUGGAGGCGACCCGGGCGGUGUCGGACAUUGUGAUCACGGCGCUGAUGCCGAUGCUGGCGUUCAGCAAGAUCGUGCAGAACAUCGGGAUAUCAGACAUCAAGAACGUGGGGAUCAUCUGCCUGACGAGCUUCCUGCUGUUCGGGGCGGGGUUGGCGGCGGCGAUGGGGGUGCGGCGUGUGUUGCCGGUGCCGCGCAAGUGGCAGGGCGGGAUCCUGGCGGGCGGGCUGUUUCCGAACAUCAACGACCUGCCAAUCGUGUACCUGCAGUCGAUGGACCAGGGGCUGGUGUUCACGCCGGAGGAGGUGUCCAAGGGCGUGGCGAACGUGAUCAUCUUUGUGGCGAUGUUCCUGGUGUGUCUGUUCAACCUGGGGGGCUUCCGGCUGAUCGAGGGGGACUUCACGUACGAGGACGAGGAGAGCGAGAGCGGGCGGGAGGAGAAGAGCGAGCUGGCGGAGGCAGCGGCGCGGCCGGCGUCGGCGGACGAGCUGGAGUCGAUCCCGACGCGCGACUCGGCAAACACGCUGCCCACGGGCGGGGAGCGCUCGGAGGGCGGCGUGCGGCCGCUGGUGCCGGUGCAGCUGGCGGGCCCGCCGCUGUCGAUGUGGAACACGCGGCUGAGCAGCGUGAGCUCGUUCCGGCGGCGGGACUCGAUUACCUCCACCAUGCGCUCCAUCGACCUGCGGAGCAUGCCACCACAGGGCAUCGCAGACCUCAUUAGGGAGUAUUCGAACGUGGACCAGUUCGGCAAGCGGCUGUCUAUGCAGGAGGCCGCCCAUGGCGCGGCGCCGUACGGGGAGGUGGGUUCGCACAUGACGCCGGCGGCGACGCAGCGAUCGCUGACACGUAUCAUCACCUCCGAGGCCGCGGUGCACAAGGAAGACAUCGAGGCGUCUGGGUCGACGCUGCCGCCGUGGCUGCGCCGGUUUCCUCUGACGAAGCAUGUUGUGUUUUUCCUCAAGAAUUGUCUCCGCCCCUGUUCGAUCUCAGUCAUGCUGGCACUGGUCAUAGCUUUCAUUCCGUGGGUAAAGGCCCUGUUUGUGAAGGUGCCCGAUGGUCCCCAUAUCCCCGAUGCCCCCGAUAAGCUGCCGCCGUUGAGCUUUCUGCUGGAAUUCACCUCCUACAUUGGCGCUGCGUCGGUGCCGUUCGGCCUCAUGCUUCUGGGGGCUACCUUGGGAAGACUGCGGUUUGGAAAUCUGCCCCCUGGAUUCUGGAAAGCGGCCCUGGUGCUUGUGUUGAUACGUCUGAUUAUCCUGCCAAUUAUCGGCAUCCUGUGGAGCGAGGCGCUCGUGAGGUUCAAGUGGGUGAACUGGGGGGAUGAUAAGAUGCUUCUCUUUGUCAUUGUCCUAAGCUGGUCUUUACCCACUAUGACCAGUAUUAUCUAUUUUACGGCUACUUAUACCCCUAUUAAUGCAUUGGAUACAACGCAGAUGGACUGUGCGUCUUUCUUCCUGAUGCUACAAUAUCCUGUCUUGACUGUAAGCCUACCGUUUGUGGUAACGUACUUCCUGAAGGUAAAACUAGAUGUGUAG